CUGAUUGGCCAGGCUCAUAGUGGAACAGGAGGGGCUUCAUGAAACAUGAUUUCCGUUGUACAUUUGACUUGAAAGUCAGUGACGUUUAUAGGGAGUGCAUCGUUUCGGUGGCCGUUGAUGGACCAUCCCUAUGAAGACACAGGGUUACAAUGGGACAAAGUACCUCGGAGCAAGAGGACCGAGACUACCCUUCACAGGAAAGAUUUGAAAACCUAAAGACAGUUGUGGAGGAAGAACUACAGACGAGCAUGAUGGUGGGGAUGGUGAUUGGUGCAGGGAUCGCCAUCAUCCUCAUCGCCAUCAUCAUCUUCUUCAUCUUGCGAAGGAUCAAGCUUCGAAAGGCUCAGGAGGCACCCAAGUACCGCUUUCGCAAGAGGGACAAGGUCAUGUUCUACGGGCGAAAGAUAAUGCGGAAAGUGUCUCAGUCCACCUCUUCUCUGGUGGGCACGUCGUCCUCCUCGCGUCCACGCUUAAAGAAGAAGCAGAAGAUGCUCAACAUUGCCAAAAAGAUCCUGCGCUUUAAGAAGGAGGUGCCCAUCCUUCAAGCUAAGGAGCCCCCCCCUUCUGUGCUAGAAGCUGACCUCACAGAAUUCGAUGUGGCUAAUUCCCACCUUCCCUCCGAGGUGCUCUACAUGCUCAAAAAUGUUCGCGUUCUGGGUCACUUUGAGAAGCCCCUCUUCCUGGAGCUGUGCAAGCACAUGGUCUUUCUGCAGUUCCAGCAGGGGGAGUACGUCUUCAGGCCGGGCCAGCCUGACAGCAGCAUCUACGUGGUUCAGGAUGGCAAACUAGAACUGUGCCUUACUGGAGCGGAUGGAAAAGAAAGCGUUGUGAAGGAGGUUUAUGCUGGAGAUAGUGUCCAUAGUCUUCUCAGCAUUCUGGAUGUCAUAACGGGCCACCAGAAGCCUUACCGAACGGUGUCCGCACGAGCUGCAGAGGUUUCCACUGUUCUUCGUUUACCUGUAGAGGCCUUCCUGUCCAUAUUUGAGAAGUAUCCUGAGAGCCUAGUGCGAGUUGUUCAGAUUAUCAUGGUUCGUCUUCAAAGAGUUACGGUCUUGGCCUUGCACAAUUAUCUGGGGUUGACCAAUGAGCUCUUCAGUCAUGAAAUGCAGCCUUCGCGCCUCCCACCACAGCCACCACACCCUUCUCGUACCAGUCCUAUUUGCCAUGGGAGACGCUUUGGCAGCCUGACGGUUACCGAGGAGCACCGAGAAGCUGCUGUUAAGGGUGAAGCUACAGGAGAGCAAGGGAAGGAGGUAGGAGUGCCAAAUCUUAGUAGGACAAUCUCCAUGCCUGUGGACAUUUCUGGUAUACAGAAGAGUGUGAGAUCAGAUUUUGACAUGGCCUAUGAGAGAGGACGGAUUUCUGUCUCCGCUGAGGAAGGCAACACCCCGCCCAACUACACUCGGUCUGUGUCCCAGGAGCAGCGUGAAAGGAGGGUGACUGUGGAUGAGGUUCCUUCCGGCAUCUACCUUUAUCCUGAGGAAGAAUCGGCUGUGGACAACAUUUUCUCCCCAAUUCCAAGUCGAUCCUGCGCUUCCCUGUUUGAGGAGGCUCAAAAAGAGGUCCUGAGACUCAUGAGGAUUGAGGACCCGUGUUUGCUAAACGGGAAAGCAACUCUGCAUAAUGCCAAAGCUGGAGCUGUUUUAGCCAGACAGGGAGACCAGGACGUGAGUCUACACUUUGUCCUGUCCGGCUGCCUUCAUGUCUACCAGCGGAUGAUCGACAAACAGGAGGCUGUCUGCUUGUUCGUGACCCACCCAGGAGAGAUGGUUGGCCAGCUUGCCGUGCUCACCGGAGAGCCGCUCAUCUUUACCAUUAAGGCUGUCCGAGACUGUACUUACCUGAAGAUCUCCAAGUCCGAUUUCUAUGAGAUCAUGAGGGAGCAACCCAGCGUGGUGCUGAGUGUGGCCCACACCGUGGCCAUCCGCAUGUCUGCUUUUGUCAGACAGAUGGACUUCGCCAUCGACUGGAUGGCUGUUGAGGCUGGCAGAGCCCUCUACAGGCAAGAUGACCAAUCAGAUUGCACCUACAUUGUUCUGAAUGGACGUUUGCGUUCAGUCAUUCGCAAAGCAAAUGGCAAGAAAGAGCUGGUUGGUGAAUACGGUAGAGGAGACCUAAUCGGUGUGGUGGAGGCCUUGACCAAGCAGCCGAGAGCCACCACCGUCCACGCUGUUAGAGACACGGAGCUGGUCAAGCUGCCAGAAGGAACAUUGAACAACAUUAAAAGACGCUAUCCACAGGUGGUGACGAGGCUGAUCCACCUCUUAGGUCAGAAGAUUCUGGGGAACCUCCAGCAGGGUCGUGGGCCAUUCUCGGGUCCAGGCCUCAGUUUGCCCAGUAUGACAACAAGUGCCGAUGUAACAAACCCAGCUAGUAACCUCUCAACUGUGGCUGUGCUGCCUGUGUGUGAUGAGGUUCCCAUAAACGCAUUCAACUUGGAGCUUAGCCAUGCCCUCAGUGCCAUUGGGCCCACUCUACUUCUAACCAGUGACAUCAUCAGAGAGCGCCUGGGAGCGUCUGCUCUGGACAGCAUCCAUGAGUAUCGUCUCUCUGGCUGGCUGGCCCAGCAGGAGGACAUCAAUCGAAUUGUCUUGUACCAGACUGACAACAGCAUGACUCCAUGGACUCAACGCUGCAUCCGCCAGGCUGACUGCAUCCUGAUAGUUGGCCUGGGGGACCAGGAACCGACACUGGGUGAACUGGAGCAGAUGCUGGAGAACACGGCGGUCCGAGCUCUGAAGAAGCUGGUCCUUCUUCACAGAGAGGAUGGACCCGGUCCAUCUAGGACAGUCGAGUGGCUCAACAUGCGCAGCUGGUGCUCCGGACACCUCCACCUCAAGUGUCCCCGCAGGGUUUUCUCCAGACGCAGCCCCUCGAAACUGAGGGAAGUUUACGAGAAAGUGUUUGAGAAAACCGCAGACAGGCACAGCGAUUUCUCUCGGCUGGCCCGGGUCCUGACUGGAAACACUAUCGCGGUUGUGCUGGGAGGAGGUGGAGCAAGAGGCUGCUCACACGUGGGCGUGAUCAAAGCUAUGGAGGAAGCAGGAAUUCCUAUCGACAUAGUGGGAGGGACGUCGAUUGGCUCGUUUAUUGGUGCACUGUAUGCUGAGGAGAGGAGCGCUGUUCGAACUAAACAGAGAGCCAGAGAGUGGUCCAAGGCAAUGAAUUCAGUUUUUAAAACAGUUCUAGACCUCACCUAUCCCAUCACCUCCAUGUUCUCUGGUUCUGCCUUCAACACCAGCAUCUACAAGGUGUUUCAGGACAAGCAAGUCGAAGACUUAUGGCUCCCGUACUUCAACGUGACCACAGACAUCACGGCCUCGUCCAUGCGGGUUCACCAGGAUGGUUGCAUCUGGCGCUAUGUUAGAGCCAGCGCCUCCUACACCCCCUAUUUACCUCCCCUGUGCGACCCCAAGGAUGGCCACUUGCUUGUGGAUGGUUGCUAUGUUAACAAUGUCCCAGGCUCUCUGUGGCGCUAUGUGCGGGCGAGCAUGACCCUGUCGGGGUACCUGCCGCCCCUCUGCGACCCCAAAGAUGGCAACUUGCUUAUGGAUGGUGGCUACAUCAACAACCUACCAGCGGAUAUCGCAAGGAACAUGGGUGCCAGAACCGUCAUUGCCAUUGAUGUGGGUAGCCAGGAUGAGACUGACCUCUGUAACUACGGUGACUGCCUGUCUGGCUGGUGGUUGCUGUGGAAACGGAUCAAUCCCUGGGCAGAGAAAGUGAAGGUGCCCGACAUGGCGGAGAUCCAGUCCCGCUUGGCGUACGUGUCUUGUGUGCGGCAGUUAGAAGUGGUAAAGAAAAGCGCCUACUGCGAGUACAUCAGACCACCCAUUGAUCGCUUUAAGACCAUGGAUUUUGGGAAGUUUGAUGAGAUCUAUGAUGUCGGCUUCCAGCACGGCAAGUUACUGUUCACAGGCUGGGCUCGGGGUGACAUCAUCGAGAACAUGGUCCGAGAUCAUCGCUCAGCUGACUACAAUGAUGGCAAGAGAACGGAUUCCUGCACGUGUCCAGGAGCUGACUUCACCGACCUAGCAGAGAUUGUAUCCAGAAUAGAGCCGGUCCAGAGCUACGUCGCUACAGAAGCGGAGGAGUCGGACUGUCUGACAGAGUACGAGGAAGACGCGAUGGACACAGUGAGAGAGGAAGAGGGCGAGGAAGAGGAGGACGAAGCAGAGGACGCUGAAGACCACUCCCCUGGAGAGUGGGGACAGAACGGGAUCUUUCAGACUGAUGAGGAGAAAUCUGUGAGGCAGCGCAGGAAACUAACCAGUGACUCCAACACGUCCGAGGUGUCCGACUGCUAACAGAGGGUCCAGGUGGAGCGGGGAGGGCGGGGCAUGUGGACGCCAUGCCCAGCAUGAGAAAUAUCAGAAACUCUGGAUUCUUUUUAAAAUUAGAUGUUUUUAUUUUUGUUCUGAACCACCGAAGAACCACCCUGUUGUGCAAUCAUUUCUUUGCAUUAAGUAGUCUGAAGUUUGAGGCUUUCAGGGUUUUACUCCUCAUAGGAACGAUUUACACGACUUUAAAUUCAACAGUUAAUGAGCAGCACGUCCUCAUCCACAUCUUCAAUCCGUACAGCUACUCUGCCCUCCAGAUACAUGAUCUUUUUGUUUUGUAUGUGUGUGUCUAUGUGUGUGUGUGUGGGUCUGUCUGGUAUUUCAGAAAUAAGAAGCUAGCGAUGCUCAUGGGUGCUACUAGUAGAUGCCUAAAGUUGGUGGAGGAGACAUGAGAUUUAUGGAACAAGAUGAAGACAAAUUAAGAUUAGGGUUCAUUUAAAGGACACAUUUCAGAAGUAGGAUUGGUGAUUUACGUAUAGUAACUUGAGCUGUAGAAUAGGUGGGGUGUAACAAAAACAUGGAUGAAUGAGACGAUUUUGGUGAAUAGAUGAGGAAUUUUGUAGUUUCUGAUGAAUUUGUUACCUUUUUAAUCCCAGUUCAGCCCCUCUCAUUGAACAGGACUGUGGUUUGAUCAUCCAAGCAACAGGAGUGAGUGAGUGAGUGUGUGCGUGUGUGUGUGUGUGUUUACAACACACAAUCGGUGCUCUGAGUUUCUGCGUAUAAAUUCACAUUCAUGCCCCCCCCCCCCAAAAGGGGUGCAUUUGAGCUGUGAAGCUCAACAUAAAUACCCAAAAUGUCUGUAAAUACUCAUUCAUAAUUUCAGUUAUUUAGAAAUAAAUAAUGCGCAGAAAUCCAGAGACCUAAAUGUCUAAUGUUCAGAAAACCCCUGAUUCAUACGAAUAUCCUGUAGAAAUUGUAAAUUAUAAGUAAAUGUUAAUAUGAGGUUAAGUUUUAUAAGUUGAUGCUUUGCUGCAAAGUACAAAACAAACAGGUUAACAUCAGUGCUGUUGUUUACAGUUGCCAUUUUUGAAUUGUUUUUAUUGUCUAACUUAUUUGCUAACCACUCACUUUUUUAAAAGUAAGAAAAUUAAGAUGUUUCAUUUCAAUGAACUAGGCUUUAGCUGUUUUGCACUGAUAUGUUUGAGGAAUUUAUUUAAUUUAAUUAUUUGCUCAGAUGUAUGAUUUAAUAUCUGCUAUCAGACAAAAAAUAGCUUUAAUUUAUUAUGCAUAUAUGAAAAUAAACAAGAUAUGCGA